CUCUGUGCUGAGCGGUGGUGCUGCAGGCGAGGGAUGGCGCUGUGGGCUCUGCAGCGCUGUGAGCGUCAAGGGUUGGCAGCAGCUCCAGGUGUGCAAAACCCGACCCAGGCCCUGGAGCCCUCUCAGCCCGGAAGCCCUCAGGGCAGGACGUCCCCGUGGUGGCUGCGAUUCCUGGUUCCCUUCCUGGAGGUGCAGUCAUCUGAAUCAACACGUCACCGCGCGGCAGCGGCCGCUCCCAGGGCCAGGUGAGCUGAGAGCUCCGGGUGGGGAUGACGACGCUCACACGUCGGGGAUGGCGUGGGGACAAAAGGACUGAGCCUGAGCAGGACGCGGCUGCGGACAGGGAGCUGCCUGACGAUGACUCUGACAACUCCAAAGCCCCCCGCCUCACGCUGAUGGAGGAGGUGCUGCUCCUGGGGCUGCAGGACAAGGAGGGCUACCCAUCCUUCUGGAAUGACUGCCUGUCCCCUGGUCUGCGCGGCGGCAUCCUCAUCGAGCUGGCACUGCGGGGCCGCAUCCAUCUGGAGCCACUCACAGCCAGGAAGAAACAGCUGCUGGACAGGAAGGUGCUGCUGAAGUCGGCUGCUCCCACCGGUGAUGUCCUCCUGGAUGAGACCCUCCGGCACAUCAAAGCCUCUGAGUCCAUGGAAACGGUGCAGACCUGGAUAGAGCUGCUCACAGGCGAGACCUGGAACCCCUUCAAGCUGCAGUAUCAGCUGCGGAACGUGCGUGAGCGUGUGGCCAAGGGCCUGGUGGAGAAGGGGAUCCUCACCACGGGGAAGCAGAGCUUCCUGCUCUUCGACAUGACCACCCACCCCGUCUGUGACACCACUGAGAAGCAACGCCUGCUGAGGAAGCUGCAGGGCAGCGUGUUGGAGCGCUGGACGGGGGACCUGCGCCGCAUGGACCGCAGGCUGCUGGCGCUGCUGGUGCUGGCCCACACCUCGGAUGUGCUGGAGAAGGCUUUGGGCAGCCUGGAGGACACCCAGUAUGAGAUGGCCAUGAGCAGAGCCAAGGAUGUGCUGGAGGCCGAUGCGGAGCUUGAGGCGGCCCAGGGCAGAGGGACAGAGGUGAUCUGGGCUGUGCUGGCGGCCUUUAACAGGGCCUAAAUCCUACGGUGGGCCCACGAGAGGUGGCUGAGGGCUGUGGGUCCACGCGUGGAGCUGCUCCCCUGGGAAGGGCCGUGCGCCCCUUGGGGGCUGCAUGCAGAGCCUCCUCCUCCACCCCGCUGUGUUGGAAUUGGAACCUGGUGCCUUUGUGGCUGCAAGUGCUGAGGGGAGCUCGAGGGUCUCUGUGUCAGAGAGGAAGGGAGAAGUUUACACUAUUUUUUUUAUUA